AUGUUAACAACAUCUUCUAUUGAACACUUAAGCCUCGUCGGCAUCAAAGUUGAUUUGAAAUCUCUAUUUGCUAUUAUUCCAACAUUACGUUCAUUCAAUUUUACAGUUGAUUACAAUCAACUUAUUAAUAAUAUUUAUCAACAUCCAUCAGUACAUUUACAACAAUUGUCGAUUACUUUUCAUGGCAUUACUUUCGAUAAAGUCGAACGUUUACUCUCAUCUAUAACAUGUCUAACUCAUUUCACACUCAUUGCUAAUGACGUACAGAAGGAUAUGUCCAAUGGCUACAGAUGGGCACAAUUAUUAUCCACGAUUAAAACAUUCAAGUUCAUUCUUACCUUUCAUCCUAAUGCUUUCGUACGAAGUGUACUCGAUCUUUCGUCUUUCUGUACGAAGUUUUGGCUCCUGGAGAAAAAAUGGUAUGUCACACAGGAUGUCUGCAUUGAUAACUGCUUUUGGAUACUUUAUUCAAACCCUUACUUUCUUAAUUGGUACCCAUUUUAUUAUAUAGUUGGUACAUUUGUGACAGAAUCAACUGAUCCUGCUUCGACUUCAUUUAUUAACGUCAAAAAAUGCUGUAUUUUUGGUCAAUCUAUUAGUAACACAACGCUCUGGCGUCGAUGUACACAUGUUAGUUGUUUGUCAGUGUCGCCAUCAAUCUUGAAUCAAGACCAUAAGUGUCGAUAUGCAACUAUGUAUCUGGACUUGACGAAAAUCACUUGGUUAUGCCUUGACGACACCAAGACAGGAAAGUCAAUCGAUACAACUAUUCAACUAAUGGAUAGUUUACCAUCUUUACGAACACUCCGUGUGUCUGUCACCAUUUUAAAAUUGCUUUUGACACAAAAUUGGUUCAAUAUUGCUAAUUUAAGCAUAGUAUGGGGUUCUGAUCGAUUGCCGAAAUUAUUAACUGUGACUGAGACUGAUUCUCUUUGUCGCUCUUUUAAUCAUAUUGAAACACUCGAGUUUACUCGUAGCUUUAUAGAUGAUGUCUCGCAACUUCUCAACAAUAUGAUGAAAACAUUGUCACAUGUAUUUAUUGAUCAUGCCUCUUCAAUCACACAGCAAGAUGAUCAAUUUAUUUCAUAUGAAUGGCUCAAACGAAACACAAAUUUAAGCAAUUUUGGUUACUCGUGUGAUAAGAAUAAUAAUGUCCAUAUCUGGUUGUAUUAA